AUGACCCCUCCUGCAAACGAUGAUGCUGAAAGCUGGCUGGCAGUGAAAGCUGCCGCAGCACCCUCAAACACCGUGACCGGCCUUGUGGAGGGGAAGGGCGAAGGCGACUGCUAUCUCAUCCAUAGCCUCCGUCUCAACUACCUCUGCAACAUAGACGACCCCUAUGGCCCUCGUCUCAUCUCUCUCUGCACCAGCUUUCACUCAAGCCCUUCUGGCCUCGCCGACGCGACAAUCAGGUUUCCCCAGCCUGAGGGCAAUCUCAAGUACACGACGAUUAUCCUUGAUCCCUCCCGGACGGGCAUGAUGGGGCUGUGGGUCAAUGGCAAACGCGCCUCAAUGUCGCGCAACUCCGUCAUGUUGUCGAUGAGGCGGGAGGCAGACGGUGCAGAUCAGGAUGCUCCCGCUGCACCGACGAUGAAGACCCCGAUCACGACGGAAGUCAUCUCUGCGAUGCCCGUCUCACCCAUGAAGCCGGAGGCACCAAGUUCACCUAUCAAGGAUCACAAAUGGCGGAAGGGCAGCGACCGAAGGACAGCAGUCAGAUGCGGCAAGACCGCCUGCGUUGUUCCGAUCAUUGACUUCCAAGGUGCCGCAGAGAUGGAGAGACGGCGGAGGCAGAGGCUGCUUGCGCGGGCACACCCACCAGGAGUAGCCCCACGGAUGCCGAUGGUCGCGAUGGACUUGAACCCGGAGGAGUCAAGCUCGUCGAGCGAGGAAGAACCUGAGCCUGAGCCGGCGGAGAGAAGGGGUGAUGAGCUCGCGGACGAGGAGGACGAGGACAUUGAAAGGGAUGGGGAUAGUUCGGAAUUCUCUGAAGACGAAUUCGACCUUGAAUUUGUGCUCUCUGCGAUCUCCACCUCCGCAUCCUUGUCCUCGAUGAUGGCCUCGCCCGAACCACCGAGCACAAGCGCGCAUGUCUUGCACCUGAGCCCCAUCCAGGAAGGCAAGGAGUGCGAGCGGCUGUCCGUCUCGUCCGACACCGCCGCAAACAGCUAG